AUGACCACUCCACGAAGUGAUGCAAGUAAUGCGAGAAAGCGUAAUGCUAGAAAGAAACGUGACAAAAUUAUAAAGGAUAAAGACAAAAAGAUCGAGUAUUACAGAAAAAAAUCUGAGAAGUAUAGGAAGAGAUUAGAACGUUUGGAAAAAGCUAAGACAAAGAAAAAUGUAGACACACCUAACACUAAACUGACCGAAAUGUGUGAUUCGCCAGGAGCUCGCAGAGAAGUAGUCAAAAAGGCGCUAUUCGGUGAAGUGUUGAAUGCCCAGCUGAAAGAGAACUACGCUAAUUUAAAAACCUGCAAAGAGAAACAAAUAUUCGGAAAAGUCGUGUCCGGUAAACUAAUACACAAGUACAAGUUAUGGCGAAGCAAAGAUAGUUCCAUAUCUUAUAAAACAAUUCAGAAGUCAGCGCGUCAAUCGGGUUUAGUACCCAAGCUUCGGACUCGCAAAGACAAAAUUUCAUCUGAUUGCAUAAACACUGUACGAACCUUCUACGAAAAUGAUGACAACAGCAGACUUGGCGCAGGAAAACGAGAAUGCCUGACCAGAAAAGGGGUUAAAAUACAGAAAAGAUAUCUAUCGGAUAGCAUUGGAAAUUUAUACAAGAAGUUUCUAGCUGAACAUCUUAAAAUAAGCUACCCAACGUUUUGUCGUCUACGUCCUUUCUGGGUCAUAACACCAAAUGUAAACGAACGUAACACGUGCCUCUGCAUUAAGCACGCGAACAUCGAUCUGAAACUGUCAGCAUUGCACAGAAGAAGAAUUUUGACUUACAAUAGUCACACUGCACUGCUUGAAAAGACAUGUUGUAAUCGCUAUGACGAGCUAUGUUUGUCACGAACCUGUCAACGCUGUAUUGACAAAAAUCCUGACUACAGGGAGUUUGAUGACAGCAAGCCUAUUGAAUUUAAACAAUGGAUAUCUGAGAAACAAACUUACAACGACCCUAAGACCAAGAAUGCUCGAACAGUUACCAAAUACCUAUAG